AUGACGAUCAGCUUCGACGAUGCGCGCCAGAUCAUCGCCAAUAUUGCCGGCGAGCGCGCGAAAUCAUUCAGGCGUGAGGCAGAGCGACUCUCGCUCGAACUCUCGGUCGGGCGUACAGUUCACGGCAACCUGAGCAGUCCUAUCUCGACACCAACCUUCGAUACCGUCGCGUACAAUGGAUAUGCUGUCCUCUCAAGCCAGACAGUCGGUGCGACGGUAGGUCGGCCGCUGCAACUCAGAGUCAUGGGCUCGAUGUUCGCCGGGGAUGCUCCUCUUCAAGUGGACGACCGCAUCGUAGAUGACCUGAUACCGUGUGUCGAGGUAGCCAUGGGCGCGCCAUUUCCGGUGGCUCGAUCUUCACGCCGUGCCUUCGAUGCGUGCAUACCGCAAGAACAUGCGACUGUGGUAAGCCAGGGCGGAGGCGGCAAGAUCCUAACCAUUAACAGGUCUCCCCUCACCACCUACCACAAACGCAUCGCUGGCAGCGACUUCGCAGCCGGAGACGUCAUCAUCCAGAAAGGUACGUUGAUUGCCCCGAAACAUACAAUGGCCCUUGCGAGUGUAGGCUUGCUGGAAAUCCCGGUCACGCGGCUGGCUAGGGUCGGCGUGCUGUCCGUCGGCGCAGAACUGGCGUCGACCAUGUAUAACCAGCAAUCUGCGCAGUACAAGGUGCCGGAUGCGACAGGUCCGUACCUGACUGCAGCGCUGCGGGAGAUGGGUGACGAUGCCGUGUACCUUGGCGCGAUCCCGGACAAUGUCGAGGUGAUGACGGUCUACGUGCGCGAGAAGCUCCAGGCCGACAAUUUCGACCUGCUGGUCAUUUGCGGGGGUGUCUCCGGACGCUCUGCAGCGCAUACAGCUAGCUGUAUAGCCCAGCUCUCUGGCGAGACAUACUUCGAAGGGGUCGAGAUGCAGCCCGGGGAGUCGGUCCUCAUGUCCCUCGUAUCACCACAAAGGUCACCAGCAUUGCCCUCGAAACGGCAGACUGUGGUGUUUGGCCUUCCAAGCAGUCCGAUCGCCAGCGCUGCAUGCUUCCGCUUCCUUGUGACACCGUACCUGCGCGGACUAUCUGGUAUGGCAAUGGAGCGCGAAAUCAUGGCGAAGCUCUGUAUCACACCGGAGACCGCAAUGUACCGGCAAACACACCUGCAGCCAAUGGGGACGAGCCUUGUGAUCGAGGGAUCUGGACAUAUGGAUAUCUUUCGGCAUGGCAUUCUUCGGUCGGUCUACGACGGUGUUUCCGUGGAGCUGAGCAGGGAGCGCAGCUUGCAGAAAACCAGCCCGUUCGCCUCGUCCAAUUGCUGGAUCCAUGUCCCGCGCGGCCAUGUUGGUUUGUGCGAAGGCGACAUAGCCCACAUCUACCCCUUCUGCAGCCCGAAAUCAUGA